GUAAAGGCUCGUAUGUACACGUAGGUGAGGACCAUAUACAUAUCACAGCUUGGCUGCAUGAGGGUACCAGUGUUACACCCGACUGGCUUUGACAUUAACAAAAUAUUAGCAAAUAGACCUUCUCUUUGUAUAUGUACGCAAAUAGGAAGUAGCCCCUCCCGUUGUUUCAUGGAUCAAACAUGUCUUUUGUUGUUUUUCGUUGAAAUACAGGAUGUCUGGUCUGUGAAGGUAUAUAUAAUGUGCUUAAUCCCCACAAACCAUAGUGUUUCUCCACCCAUUUUCUUACUACCACGGCAAAAGGGUGUAAUUGCGCAUUCUUUGGGAACAUGGCCACCAUCGUCGGCUGGAUAAGUGAGUCCGUCCGGGAGAUUUUGACGAUCUCUGGGCUGAAUCUGCAGUCUUUUCUUGUCUUCUGUACGGUCUUCAUUCUGGCGUGUUUCCUCUUGAAGCGCCGCAGAAACCUACCCCCCUACCCCGCAGGACGCGUGCCUGUUCUCGGGCACCUCCUCGCCUUGGGCCGAGCGCCUCACCUCAAGCUGACGGCGUGGGGGCGGCAGUACGGGGACGUCUUCACCGUCAGGAUGGGGAUGGAAGAUGUGGUGGUUCUGAACGGCUACACCGCCGUCAAGGACGCGCUCGUGGACAGGUCCGAGCUGUUCGCCUCCAGGCCGCCAAUGUACCUGCUUGAUGCGAUGGUUGAUUUUGGAAAAGACAUAAUUACUGCGCGCUGGGGACCUGAGUUCAGACAGAGAAAGAAGUUUGCCACCGCCGUCAUGAGAAAACUGGGCAUGAAGAUCGGAACUGGCAGCAUUGAGGAGAAAAUCCGAGAGGAGGCGAGCUGUCUCCGCAACAGGGUAAGACAAAUCUGA